GGGACGAGAGAGAGAGAGAGAGAGAGAAAGCAAAAUAUCUCGGCUGUCUCGUAGUCUGAAGAAAGAUCAGUCUAUAUCACACAGUUGGCCGCAUUGGUUUUAUUAGAGCCCAAACAUUCAAACUUGCUAAAUGUCAAACGUGAUUUCUUGACUUUCCCUAAAGAGAGAGUUGGAAGUACGCGGCCACAGAGUCAAAAUUGUAUGUGUCAGGGGCUAACUGUUAGCUGACAGGCUAACUAGCAUAGCCAUUGAAGCAAUGGCGUUGAAAAGAAUUCAGAAGGAACUGUCAGACCUGCAGAGAGACCCUCCUGCCCAGUGUUCUGCUGGACCGGUUGGAGAUGAUUUGUUUCAUUGGCAGGCAACAAUAAUGGGUCCUAGUGACAGCCCUUAUCAGAGUGGAGUGUUUUUCCUCACCAUUCACUUUCCGACAGAUUACCCCUUCAAACCACCAAAAGUUGCAUUCACAACAAAAAUAUACCACCCUAAUAUCAACAGCAAUGGAAGUAUUUGUCUCGACAUACUGAGGUCACAGUGGUCACCUGCACUUACAGUAUCAAAAGUAUUAUUGUCGAUUUGCUCUCUUCUUUGUGAUCCAAAUCCGGAUGACCCUCUGGUACCAGAGAUUGCCCAUACAUACAAAGCUGACAGGGAAAAGUACAACAAAUUAGCAAGAGAAUGGACACAGAAGUAUGCAAUGUGAGGACACCAGAGAGAUCAAAAUACAAAUGAGAACAAAAGAACAAGAAAGGAUUUUUAACUUGAGGCAAAUGAGCAACAGAGGGGGGGGAAACAAAACGAUACAACGGCCACGAAGGAAGUGAUACAAUGAGGUACAGUGCCACUUGGCUUUCCAUGUGCUGAGCUGCUACCAUGUGCUGUCCUUCAUAACUUGUAUGGAUCUGCAGAGCAGAACGUGAUGGACUCCUAAAGCACUCCCAUAUGGAAUACAGGAAUUUCUUCAGUCCCUAAAGCCACACUCGAACUUUACACUGUUACUCCUGCUAUUGUGAUUGUUACCUUUUAUUCUUGCUGUUCAUAUAUUUUACUUUCAUUGUCAGUGAGUCAUAUCAUUAUGCUUCUCAGUGGCAAAAUGUUUGAUUUAGGAGAUUUACUCUCCCUUCAUUUCAGAGGUACUGUCUGUGUCCCACUGGAUGUCUUGUUAGUACUGUAUUUCCAUGUAUUUAGUGGCCUUUCACUGUUAUGUUAUUGGUAUGUGUGCAAUUGAGGCAGAAUGUUCCACGUUGAACACAAAAUGGCAUAGUGCCAUUACCAACAGCUUAACUGUUGGCAUUUACUGUCUCUACCCCGAAACAAUGUGAAAUGCAUAAAAAGGAUUAGUUUCUAUCAUCCAUUGCAAUUGAAAAUUAAACAGUAUUUUGCAGUUUUGAGGACACUGGAGAGCUGCUUUUUAUGAGUUGGCAGGCCCAGACAUUGUAGGACUUCAUUGGGUAAAGGUCAAUUUUCAUUUUUCACAUAUGCUUUCAUUGCCCUUUGAUCCUAUAUAAGUAUCCAUCAGUGGCUCAUAUAGUAUAGUACUACUGUCAUAUGACUUGUUUUGUUUUGCUAUGAACAGUUACUCUUUGGCAUAAAGCUCAGCUGUGUGCCACCUCCUCAGUACAGUAACUCAGGUAUCAAACCACAUCGUCAGCCUUGACAAGCAUCAAACUAUGAUUUAAAAAAAAAAGGAAAAAACAGGGCACAUGUAAUUCUAGUAUAAAUAGAACUCAUCUCCAUUCACCUGACAACAAGCCAGUGUGUCCUGAAGAGGCAAUGUGAUUUAACACUAGUCUUGUGUUGCACAAGAAUAGAUGCUGUGUAAGAAGUACUGUCAUUCUCACUAUAUAUCUCCAGGUUUCUUUGCUAGUUUCUUUUGAACAACCCCAGGUUUUGAACAACUUCUAAAUAUUGUUGUGAGACAUAAAUGAUCCUGUAAUGAAAUGGCCUUUGGUUUCAGGUGGUGUCCCUUGUUCUUAAAAUGGGGACUUGAACUAAGUUCACAUUUUGCAGAACCUAGUCAUUUGAAAUCAUAAACAUGUAGUUACUUGAGGUGAAUAAACACAGUAACUUGCCAUGGCUGUUUCAUUUGCUUUAAAUAACAGGUGAUGUGGAGCUUUGAAUUUGUUCAUUGUCAUAUUCAUGACUGGGUCUGCAAAUGUUUUGUUUAAUUUUGGAAUGAAUAAUUCACACUGACAGUAAAACAUUUGGUCUGGGUGAAACAUUUGUGACUUUUUGUAUUGUAUCUUUGAAAGCUUUAGUUUUAGGCUUAUUUUUCUCAUUUGUGUCACAAAAAAUGGAACAUGAUUGUGAUGUGACAUAAUGUAAUAGUUUUAAUAUAGUCCAUUGUAAGUGCAGGAAAAGGGUAGAUGAAAAGUGAUUUUUAAAAAAUCAGGACUCGUAUGCUGACGCUGCCAUUAUAAAGGGAAUUGAUGGAUAUUAAGAGAAGGAAGAAAUUCUGCUAUUAAGACAUUAAAUCAGUUCAUACAGAAAAGUUCAUAAUUAAGCAUGAUGGAUUCUUGAAACUUUGAUUGUAGAAUUAACACCAUGAUUUAAGCACUAAAUAUAGAAUUUAUAGCUGCUGUAGAGUAACUAGUCAAAACAAGUCUUGAAAUACAGUAUUAUACUAAAAGUGUUUUGCAAUUAUAGCCUCUAAAUGCAGGAAAAGGCUGCAAGAUCUCAGUUUAUGCAUUUUCUUCUGUUAAUCUAAUGGAUAAGCAGAAGAAAAUGGAUUUCAGCUGUAUUACAACUAAUUUGAUCCCUGCUUGCAUUGUAGUUCAUCUGGCUGUUUAUUUGAGUAUCUUCCAACUGUCUCCCUGAAUGCAGCCUCAAAUCAUAAUGCAAGAGAUGCUACAUUGACUUCCCUUGUCCAGUGUGCUUAGUAGAGUUUAGAUGGGCAGCUUGACAUGCUUUGCACUCUGGAAAAACCUUCUCACAGCCAUUGGCCAGAUAUCAGGGAUUUCGUUACAAUUCAUCUAACACCUCUAAUUAAAAUUCUAGCCUUAACCCUCAUUUUAUAUAUCGAGAGGAUGUGUCAUAAACUGUAAAUUUGCUAACAGGGCUGUAUCCCACAAACGGGCUAUUCAUCUCAUUUAAAGACAUGGAAAAUCUGCUUGAACAGUACCACAAUCUGGCUUUUCUCUGAAUGCAGAACCAGCCUUCAUGCAUCUUAAAAUUUGAGGCAAGUGUGCUUCAACUGCCAUCAUGAACCUACAUGUCUUCACGUAGUAUAAACAAAAUAACUGACCUUGUUAUAACAAUAAAACUAAUCUUGGUUUA